UGUCGUCCUCUUCCCACUUGGAAUUCUGUAGCUCUAACGUACAGUCUCCUCCUUACCCAGAUUCUGCGCUACGAAAGCUAUACCCAAGAUAUGUCGAUUGAUCCGUCGAAGCUACCACCAGCACAAUAUGUGCCCGGUAGACAGUACAUCAUUGACCAUGCUGGUAGGAUUGAUAAGGUGCCAUUUGUGAUCACGACGGGUAUUCUUUUCGGGCUUGCUAUUCUUUCCGUGUUAGCACGCUUCGCGAUUCGCAUCUUUGGCGGUCGGAAAAUACGAUGGGACGAUGGCUUUGUCUUGGUGUCAUGUUUGUGUCUGAUAGUCGCGUUCGUCUGCGUCCACAAGCUUCUGAACACUUUCUAUCUUAUCGAAGCCAUGAACCAAAGGAAGACCAUUCCUUUCCGAGAGGAUAUUCCUGCAAUAUUGGACACGCCUAAGUGGGCCUUCAUCUUCUCCACGUUCAACUGGACUUCCCUUUACCUAGUCAAGUUUGCUUUUAUGAAUUUCUUUCACACCUUGACCCGAGGGCUAUCAGUCAAGAUCAUGCGGUUCUACUGGAUAACCGUAGGCUUUCUUGUCCUUUGCUGGAUCUAUGCAGUCAUCAACUUUGUGGUUAUCUGUCCACACUUUGGUACAGACGCAGCUACAUGUGGCUUCAAUCCCCGGCAGCAUGAAAGAAGUGUCGCGGGUAACGUUCUCGUCGGCGUCCUCGAUAUCAUAGGCGAUGUUCUCAUUGUGAGCUUUCCCGUCGUCGUUGUAAACGAAUCGAUGAUGUCGUUCUCCCGAAAACUAUCGAUUGUGGCAUUGCUAGGCCUCUCGACAGUAAUGAUCAUUUGCGCGUUGAUCCGAGUCGUCGGCUCAUUGACUGAGACAACCGAGGCAGGGAACGGAACGGCGCCGGUGUGGGCUGCGUACUGGUUCAUCGUCGAAUCUUGUGUUGGACUCAUCAUGGCGUCCGUCAUUGUUAUCCGCGGAGUCUUCAUCACGAACCUUGUUGACGACGAUCGACGGAAGAAGGAUAGCGUACUUCAGCAAUUCGGACGUCGUUUCCUGGCUAUCAUGAGGCUGUCCAGAUCCUCACGAAGUAGCAAGUCGAGUACCCAGCGAGGCGACGCGCUCCAUGACCAGCACAAGGAUCCAAGCGCCCCAAGGAUUGCUACUCAGAAACUUCACGGAGGAACAUUGAAGACCAUCAGAUCGUUUAUAUCAGGUGGUAAUAGACAUGGCCACACGCAAGAUGACGCGCCACUGUCAAUAGACACAAUCCAGAGUCUUGAGGAUAUGGACUACCACAAUAUUCGCAAAGCGGAAGUGGCAAAUCACCAGCCAUAGCUGGUCACCCUGAGUCAAAGUGAGGGAGGUGACAAGUGUUGGCCGUCGAAACCGGAGAAGACGUUAUUUGUGCGAUUAGAAGAUGUGAAGAAUGUAUUCAUGAUAGCAAGUAGUAAGCGUAAUGACGGUGUUAGUUCAUAAGACAGAAGCAUGCAGCCGUUCGUGACCGUGAAAAAUUAGGCCACCCGGAUACGCGCAGGGGCUGUGGCUUAGACGCCCCCACCUCCCGUCAUCACGUCUCUGCUGCACCACAACGCGCCACCACGUAGUCUCGAAACCUUGUUCCCCCAUACAACUGGCGGUCGAGAUAUUCGCCCUCUCUAAGCUACAGGAGCGACUCUUGCAUUCAAAAGCAGCGCGAUCGCAUAUUCGUAACCCUCCAAAGAAACGCGACAACUCUUUAUUACCUUUCAUUCGACUGUCUCACUCACCCU